CAGUUUUCCUCUCUUGCCCUCAUCCUUUUCUCUCUCUCUCUCUCUCUCUCUCUCAACUUGAGAGAAAAUCCUCAAUACAGCCGAAGUAGCCGAGUCCGGAGAAUCACUAAAGAAUAUCAAAACCUGUAUUUCGAUCCGGUUUUCUCGAAUCAGUUGAAUUGAUUCGAUUUUGGGCAGUAGCAAUCUGUCGUUGGAUAGGGAUAUUGGUUAUUUCCAAAUUUUAAGUCAGAAUAUGAGCUUUUCAUCUGCACAAAACAAUAGAAGGAAUAACAACAGUAAUCGUCCCAGAAACACUCCUGUUCAAAGUGCUCGACGUGAGUGGGUACCUCGGGGAUCCACGGCCACCACCACUGUUUCAGCUGCCCCUGUCACCACCACGGUAAUUACCACUGUUGUGAGCCCCGUGUUCAAUCUUAAUGGCUCAAGUUCAGCUGGAAAUGGAAGAGAAAAGGAUAAUGUGUCAGUUGCACUCGUUAAUCAUCGAAAUCAGACAUAUGUGGGACCCAAUUACGAUAAGGGGCCGGCUUAUGCGAGGAGAGAGAGGGGAAGGGACAGGGAGAACCACAAUCAUCAGGAGAUCAGGGUGGAGAGGGCGGUCAAUGGGAAGAUUAAUCAGGGCGAACACAAAUGGUUGAAGGACCCUAAUUUGCCUCAACUUGUGCAAGAAAUUCAGGAGAAGCUGUUGAAGGGAAACAUUGAGUGCAUGAUUUGCUAUGAUAUGGUGCGGAGGUCUGCCCCUGUUUGGUCAUGUUCCAGCUGUUACUCCAUUUUCCAUCUUAAUUGUAUCAAAAAAUGGGCCCGAGCUCCCACUUCUGUUGACACGUCUGCGGAGAAGAAUCAGGGAUUUAAUUGGCGCUGUCCAGGCUGUCAAUCAGUGCAGCUCACUUCAUCCAAGGAGAUCCGAUAUAUUUGCUUUUGUGGGAAGAGGCAAGAUCCUCCGUCAGAUUUGUACUUGACCCCGCAUUCAUGUGGAGAGCCCUGUGGCAAGAAACUUGAGAAGGAGCUUCCAGGGCAUGAUCUGAGUGAAGAGGAUCUGUGCCCUCACGUUUGUGUCCUACAAUGCCAUCCUGGUCCUUGUCCACCUUGUAAGGCAUUUGCUCCAGCUAGAAGUUGCCCCUGCGGGAAGGAAGUAAUUACCACUCGGUGCUCUGAUCGCAAGUCCGUUCUUACCUGCGGACAGCAGUGUGGUAAGCUUCUUGACUGUGGGCGUCAUCGGUGUGAACAGACUUGCCAUGUUGGUCCUUGUGGCCAUUGUCAAGUUAUUGUGAAUGCCUAUUGCUUCUGUAAGAAGAAAACAGAGGUUGUUCUUUGUGGAGACAUGGGUGUGAAAGGAGAUAUCAAGAUCGAGGACGGCGUCUUUUCAUGCAGUUCAGCUUGUGGAAGGAAGCUUAGCUGCGGAAACCACGUCUGUCUUGAGCUCUGCCAUCCAGGGCCAUGUGGGGAUUGUGCCUUGUUGCCAAGCAAGGUCAAGACAUGCUGCUGCGGUAAAACCAGCUUGGAAGACGAAAGAGACAGUUGUUUAGAUCCAAUUCCAACCUGUUCCAAGGUCUGUGGUAAAAGCCUUAGGUGUGGGGUACAUCGCUGUCAAGCGGUGUGUCAUUCUGGUGACUGUGCACCAUGUCUUGUUCCUGUCACUCAAAGAUGCCGCUGUGGGUCAACUUCUCGAACAGUGGAGUGUUACAAAACGCAGGCAGAAGAUGAGAAGUUCACUUGUGAUAGACCUUGCGGGCAAAAGAAGAACUGUGGAAGGCACCGUUGCAGUGAGCGAUGUUGCCCUCUUUCUAAUCCAAAAAAUUCUGUCACAGGUGGUUGGAAUCCUCAUUUUUGUUCAAUGCCGUGUGAGAAGAAGCUUAGAUGUGGGCAGCAUUCUUGCGAGUCACUUUGUCACAGUGGUCACUGCCCUCCCUGCCUUGAGACAAUUUUCACCGAUUUGACUUGUGCUUGUGGGAGAACGUCAAUUCCUCCUCCGCUACCUUGUGGAACACCUUCUCCUUCGUGUCAGUUACCAUGCUCGGUUCCUCAGCCUUGUGGUCAUCCACCUACUCACAGCUGCCAUUUUGGAGACUGUCUGCCAUGUGCUGUUCCUGUAGCAAAGGAAUGUGUAGGCGGACAUGUAAUUUUGAGGAAUAUACCUUGUGGAUCAAAAGACAUCAGAUGUAACAAGCUUUGCGGGAAGACCAGGCAGUGUGGCUUGCAUGCAUGUGCUAGAACUUGUCAUUCAUCACCAUGUGACUUUUCUGCUGGCCCCAGCAACGGCUCCAGAGCCUCUUGUGGGCAGACAUGUGGU